AUGGGCUCAGACACAUUCGCACUAGGAGUACAGGCAGAGCGACUGAAGAAAUCAAAAGGACUCAUGCGGCUCAAUCACGAGGAACGAAUUUUGGACAUGGCACGUACACUGGGGGGAUACCGCCGGGAGAUACAAUUCUUCCGUACUGUCUACAGUGCUACGGAUGCGCUCGUCUUGGGCGUCAAGUCUGUCCUCCAGCAGAUGAUUUUGAACUAUUACCUGCGCCCUGAGCUGGACGGCGAGCACGAUGAGCAAUGGCUGGCGCUGAGCGACGAGUUGGACCGCCUUUUGCAAGAUCACUUACGCACGCUCACUGGCGCAGAGAAGAACUGGUUGGAAUUAAGUGCGCAAAACAUGAUCGCAGAUCAUUCGAAGACGCUUUGA